GAAAAAAGCAAGGCAAGCGAGGGUGAAGAGGUAGGUGGGAAGGAAAAGAAGGGUUGGAGUCCAGCGAGGAAGUCCAGGAAAAUAAGGUACACGUGCAAAGGAGGACAAAAGUUCUAACCAGAAAUUGGUCAAGUGUGCAUCUGUUGGAGUUCAACCCAGUGUCACAGCUUUCCAGUGAUGUCAAACCCAUCUGAAAUUCCUGCUGUGAAGAAUGAGGUGAAGCAGGAGUUUGGAACUGUUUGGAUUGAAGAUGCCAAUGGUGUGUCCCGGAAGGUGCGGGUGCUCCAGGUCACCCCCACCAAGCCGCUGGCGGCCGGCGGUGGGGGUGCUCGGGCCGCCGGCGGCUCUGGCGUCGUCCGCGCCAUCGUCAACACGGCCUCCGCCGGCGCAGCUGCCUCCACCAGCUCGGGCGGCCCGCGGGUCCUACAGCCGACCUUCGUGCCGCGUCCGUCCGGCUCUGGGCUCGGUCAGGCCCAGGUGGUGCGUGCGGCCGGUGUGUCGUCCGCGGCUCGCGCGCCCGCCGUGCGUGUGGUCCAGAGGACCAUCCAGGUUCAGCCGGCCGCUGCCGGAGCGGCCCCGUCCGCCACUGUCGUCAAAAUGGAGACACCGUCAACUUCGUCGACGGCGGUCAACUCGCCCAUCGCCCGACUGCAGAUGCAGGAUCGUCAGAUGGCCGGUCUAGGAACACCGGGCAGGCCGGGGUCACAGCAGCAGCUGGCCAUCCACCGCACACCUACGACUGGCGGCGGACGUCUCCUUCUGCCGGCCGGAGGCUCCCCAGCCACCCCGGCUGCGCGCCCCACGCCGGGUACCUCUGCUGGCAAACGUUCCGCCCAGUCGCCACACCUCUCCUGGUCUGACAGCAAACGCCGUCGGUACGACAGAAAUGCCAAGGGCCUGCGUCACUUCUCGAUGAAAGUGUGCCAGAAGGUCCGAGAAAAGGGCAUCACUACCUACAACGAGGUGGCAGACGAGCUGGUGGCCGAGCUGUGCCCGCCGGCCGGCGCCAUCAUAGGCACGUCGCCCGAUCAGCAGUAUGAACAGAAAAAUAUCCGACGGCGCGUCUAUGAUGCGCUCAACGUCCUCAUGGCCAUGCAGAUCAUCAGCAAGGAGAGGAAACAGAUCAAGUGGCUCGGCCUCGCGCCCAUGACGGCUCCGGUGGAGGAACCUCCUGAUAACAGUGAAGAGGAAGCCGCCUGUCGUCAGAGGAUCAAGGAAAAGACACAGCAGCUCAAGGACCUGGUGCUCCGUCAGAUCGCUUUCAAGAACCUCGUGGAGCGCAACAGAAGGCUGGAGCAGACGCACGGCGCGCCGGAGCCCAGCUCGUCCGUCCAACUGCCCUUCAUCGUGGUCAACACCGACAAGAAGACGGUGAUCGACUGCAGCAUGUCUAACGACAAAACCGAGUACCUGUUCAACUUCGACGACGCCUUCGAGAUCCACGAUGACAUCGAGGUGCUACAGCGGAUGGGGAUGGCACUCGGGCUGGAGAAUGGAACCAGCACAGAGGCCGACCUGCAGAAAGCCAAGAGCAUGCUGCCCCCGCCACUCGCUGCCUUCCUCGAUCAGGUGGCGCGGGAGGGUGCCGCGUCCCGCACCGAUGCCGAUGACACCGAGGACGAGAUGAUGCCACAGCCUGGCUCCUCGGCGGCGUUCGAGGAGCCCCUCCUCUGUCUGCAGGAGGCAGCCGAACUGUAGUGACGUCAUAAGACCAGUGGUGACGUCAUCGGUAGGAGUGUCGAACUGUGGCGUCAUUGGUUCGGUGGUGACGUCAUCAGCAAGUGUCGAACUAUGACGCUAUUGGUUUAGUGAUACUAUCAUCAGCGGGAGGCGGCCGAGCUGUGGUGACGUCACCAACCGGGUUGGUUUGGUAGUGACACUGACAGCAGGAAGCCGCCUAGCUGAAGUGACGUCACUGGACCAAUAGGAUGUCAGUAGGAGGCUGGCUACGGAUGUCUGUGAAUGGACAGUCAAGCCCGUUUUGUUGCCAAGAAGGGCAACGUUAAAGAGUUCCAAUUUGUCGCAGAGUUGACUUGUAGGCUUUCAGACUUUACACGGAAGGAUGCGUGUUGAUAUUGAGUUGUGUUAAAAUUGCCACGACUUUUCAUCAUAACUUGUUAUCCACCCUUUUGGACUGCCUGUGUCCAAGACGACGGUUCUGAGUUAGGAACUCUGAAGCCUGUCUUCGCUCAGUAAUUAGGGUCGUUGCUCAAACGUUUUUAGCUCGUCUCAUCGAGGCGACACGAAAGUUGCGUUCUUCCAGAGCGUGCUACGACAAAAACACAGUUGGCACAAUUUCUGAACUUGCUAAUGUCACUAUGACGAACGGUAUUAGAUGAAGUUGUUUGAAAAUGUCGCCCAUUUGUAGUCUGCUGACUGAGAUUUCUGAGCAUGUUGUGCUCGGCUCUGGUUCCCAGUCAUCUGUCUAGGGACCGCGGUGGCCGCCGAGGCCGUUUUUCACUACCUCGACCGUGUGUGGGGCGGGCGGAGCGGCGCGUCCGAGACGCCCGGGCGUUUGGGCGUCUUUGGGAUGCCUUGGUAGGGCGCCGGAGACGCCCCGGACUGAGCUGAGGGCGCCUCUGAGACACCCGGGUGUCGAGGGCGCCCCCAGGACGCCCGGACUCACACCCAGUACAAAUGGAGUUGCCGCUGCGCGCUGUUCCGGCCGGUGUGUGCCAACCCGCCGUCGGACAGCCUAGCUUCGCCCAGUGAUUGGAGCGCAGUGUUGGAGGUGUAGUGCCUUUUAGUGUGUCUGUCUUUGUAGUGCUUUUGUCGAUCACAACUGCCAGCUUUCACUUUGAUCGAUCGGUGAUGUUUCAAGUGGUAGACGGAUUUUAGAAGUGGACUCGUGUAGUGUAUCAAAGUGGGAUUUCGUUUCCCUAGCGACGUAUCGUUGCUUCUGUUUUCCAUGCACAUCAUACAAUGUAUAGUUGGUGCACCCCAAUUGUACAUAGGCUGUCCUGGUAGUAACUAGGUUUUACCGCAUCGUGUUGUCGCUGCGCCCACCGAUGCUCUGCUGUUUUUCUAAGAUGAUCUUUCUUAUCCCUCGCUCUUGUGACGUCAUCAAAGGCCGUGAAUGGCUCUUACUAGUGUGUCCUCAUACAGUGUUCUCUGUCUAAAAAUCGUUUUGGCCGAUAUUGUUGGCAAGUCUGUAUUUUGAUGUGAUCUUCCAGCAUGAGUGUAGGAGCGAUACGAAAGAAACGGACAGUAAAAUGUGAUCUCACUUUUCGUAUGUCUAACUUUUUACGAAAAUAUUCGCGGCUCUAUAUUGUUAUUCACUAAAGAUUUUAGCAGAAUUUUACCCGAAUUACCGUUGCCUUUCCCCUCUGCCCAUGUUCCUGUGCUUUUGAAGUCUGCCGUAAUGAAUUGUUUCAAUACAUUAUUGCGUUUUAUA